UGUUUUGCACUGUAGCUCAGAACGUCUGUAGACUGAAACUAAACAUCACUGGUGGGCUUUAGAAAGGCUGCCUGGACCAUUGGCUAGUACCCACUGAUUAGGAUAUGACAGAUUUUUUGAGAAAUGCCGGACUCACAUAUAACAGGGGGUAAUUCGAAGGGGGUUUGCGGCCCUUUUCCUCGGUCGGUAUGGACACAUCCCUAUUCUCCUGCAGAUGAUUUGGACAGACUGUGCGCAGAGAUAUGGAAAAGAGCCGAGCAGACUAAGAAGGGCGUGUGGUCGUUCUUACUUGAUAACAACAGGCUUUUCAGUAAUGACACAACAGCAGAGACAGCCAGUGGAUUGGAAAGAGUGGUCAAGCCACGGGACCUGGACGAGGUGUCCCUCAUGAUCCGCAGAGAGCACCAGAUCCUGCUGCGUGAGCACGGCACGGUUGCCCCUAGCGCCCCUGCCCCUGGCGAUAGCUGUUCCCACGGCGACGAGAUGCCAGCGUGCACUAAGGAGGCGGACGCGGUGGCAUCAGGGAGGAAGGAGGAGGUGCAGGAGGAGGAGGAAGUGAUGUCGCAGGAGGAGCAGCAGUGCAGGUCAAUUGAAAAGUUCCUCAAAGGUUUUCUGAUCCAGAAGAAGAUUGUGAAGAAGGCGCCUCCGCUGUCAGAGGAAGACUUCCCCCCACUGCCCAGUGCUGCCGUCCCCUGGGAUAGUCCCUCAGGAGACAGGAAGCAGGCGAGAGGGCCGGCUGGUGUGGGCGCCGGUGCCAGGGCAGGAGUGGGCAGAGCGAGCACACGAAGACCAGCUGCCCCCUCUGCCAAGGCCCCACACUGGGCACCCCAGGACCCUGCUGCCCCCUCCAAGACACCACACUGGGCACCCCAGGACCCUGCUGCCCCCUCCAAGACACCACACUGGGCACCCCAGGACCCUGCUGCCCCCUCCAAGACACCACACUGGGCACCCCAGGACCCUGCUGCCCCCUCCAAGACACCACACUGGGCACCCCAGGACGCUGCUGCCCCCCUCCAAGACAACCGCCCGAGGCCCUGGUCCAGCUCCUGCCAGCAGUGCUAAAGAGGCACCAAAGGACGGCUGGCCGUGUGCCACCGGUGUGCAGAGAGCGUGGACCUCUCGGCAGUGCAGCCGGUGCAGCCCAUGCCACCAUCACGGCCCGCGCAGGUAGACCAGCCCGCGGCUCGACCCCCCCAGACCC